AUGCCGGCGAGUCGAACAGCUCGGAAGCCAGCGACCGAGAGAGCAUGCUUGGAGUGUCAGAAGAGAAAGACCAAAUGUGUCGCUGCGCCGGAAGGUGACGCCUGCGCGUAUUGUUCGAAGGCCGGCAAAACAUGCGUUUUCGAAGGGCCGCACGAACGGACAUCUUUGACGCGGCGUAAUCUCGAUGUGGCUGAAGCGCGAUGCAGAGAACUAGAGGUUCUGCUGGAGCGACUUCAAGCCGACUCCAACGCCGGAGCAGAGCAGAGCAGAUCAUCGCAAAGAUCAGAAGCCCAUCCCGAACAGCGUCGUCAACACAACCCCGAAGACCCUCCAUCUGGCCCAUACGAAUGGAACGAGGGUCUCGACGCUGGUGCGAACGAUCCUUCUCCAGACGGCGAGUACACCCGCGAUGGUAUGGCUUCUUUGACCCGGCAAGGCAAUGGAUCUGGUUAUCUUGGGAAAAGCUCAGGCUUCGAGAUUCUGCAAUCAGUAUCGUCGCUCUUGCCAUCUCAAGUCGCCGACCGAGUUGAGGGCCUCGACUCUGCAGUGUCGCCAUCUAUCGCCAAUCCACAGCUUUUUGCUACGAUGCAAACUCAUUCACUGACGACGUCCUCGAUACAAGAUCAGCUCAUCACAGCAUUCUUUCUUGGCUACAAUGCUUACUAUCCAAUCCUGCAUGAGGGGACUUUUCGCAAGCAAUAUGCAUCACGUAAACAGAUGUCACCUCGCUCUACAUGGCACAUCACGUACUACAUGGUGCUUGCUAUCGGCGAGUGGGUCUCUGGUUACACCAGUGAGGAGAAUUCAAUCUACUACGAAGCUGCCCGUUCGCGCAUCCGACCCGAAGUCUUGGAGUCUGGUUCCUUGAACAAUGUUCAAGCAUUCCUACUUCUUGGCAACUACCUUCAAAAGCGUGAUCGACCGAAUACAGGUUACAACUACAUCGGAAUCGCGUUGAGGAUGGCGCUCGGUCUCGCGCUGCACCUCGAGCUCCCCCCGAGUGCUGGCGUCAAGCCUUUUGAUACACAUCGUCGCCGUGUGCUUUUCUGGAUCCUGUGUUGCUUCGACUGCUGGUUUAACAUAACGACUGGCAGACCGACUCUCAUCCCCGACAAUUUUGUUGACAUUCGCGUUCCCUUUAACGUGGACGAGUCUGCACACGAUACUACUUCCACAACGCUUUCGGAAGUGUCGUACCCAACGACCUCAUCGACAGUCAUCGCUUUGGCAAGGCUCACCAAGAUUGCCAACCGUGUUUUUACUCAGUUCAUGUGCGUCAAUCCUUGCGCGGAUAUCGACCAUCAGACCAGCGUCAUGGAGCAUAUGAUUCACAACUGGCACACAUCGCUUCCGGCCUACUUCUUCGAUGCCAACGUGCCCUCUUGGUUCUUAGGUCCGAGACAGAUUGUACUGUGGAAAGAGUCGAAUCUGUUGAUCUUACUCCUUCUGUCAAGUCAACGACAUCAUAAAGACGAGCACGAGAAGCUGUCUCUGGGCACGAGAUGCCAGUCGGUCUCGGCAAAUGUCAUAUCGGGCAUAGCCACAUUCUGCCAGUCCUAUUCCCAGAUCCUUCAUUGCGGAUUAAGUUGGUAUGCGGUCUACUUUACCUUACAAGCUACCCUUUCUUACAGCGCCCAAUACAUAUUCAAGGCUCGCUUAUCUGUUCAGUCUCAGGACGAAUUCCAGGACCACGAAGCCAUCAUCGGCCAAGCGUGUCAGUGCCUCCAAGGCUUGCUUGUCACAAGCAGCGCCGCCGCCAGAUCCCUACAGAUCGUACUUCGACUACGCGAGAUGUUGAGACAAGCCGCGGGUGGGAGAGCUCCUGGUACUGGUGGUGAGCUUGCGACAAGACAUGACCAGCAAACAAACUACUCCGGCAUUAUUGAGAACACGGAUCAUCGCCACGAGCUUUCGAUUCAGAUGGCGCAAGGUUUCCAAGACGGCAUCUUCCAACCAAGUCCAUCUAACGCAGGAUCAUACCAACCAUUUGACAAUCAUGGGAUAGCGGAGCUUGUGCUCAAUGAAUGGAGCCUCGCCGCGGAUCCUUCAUUGCAGGCGCUUUUUGACAAUAUGAAUGACUUUGGUCAUCCUUUCCAGAUCACAGAAUGA